UCCAACUAAGUACGAAAACGUAACUGGUAAAGAGUAUGGUUAAAAUUUAACUAUUAGAUGCAAAAGAAGUAAUUCACAAUCACUGAGAAAAUAGGAAGGAUUCACAUGAUCUUUUGAAAUAGUAAAUAUCUACACAGUAAUUCAUGUCAUUCAAGUAACAACGAAAUAUUACACAGCUAAAUAGUUUGUUCAUGGCACAAAUUCAAGUGGAGGCAAAGAGUUGCUGCCCGUCUACGACUGCUAGAAAUAUCUAUAACGUUUGCCGUUUGGGGGGAGGCUCCCGACCAAUGUGUGCAUCUCUCAGUGGAUGCAAAAUCGUUAACGGCAAAUGUCCUAACGGAUAUACACAUGACACUCUCCAAAGCUCAGGUGAUGCUGUCAAUGAAUACUGUAAGUUGGGAUGUACAUCUUCUGUGUGCGCUGCCAUAGAGACACUCCAAAGCUCUGAUGCGAGUGAAAUUGUGAAUGGUGCCGUAACACAAUGCGCAAAUGCAUGUUCGACUUUCUGCACCAAGGGCUCUUCAACUGUAGUUGAGUGUUAUUUUCCUGUUUUCAAUCAUUUGUAUGUAUUUGAAUAUAAGUUAAUUCCAGUUUGUGUAUGUGUCAUAGAAGUUUGUCAAUCCUAGAUUGUACAUGACUUCUAAUAAAUAAAAAGUUUGUCACUUUAAUAUUUAUUAUUAUUCCACCGUUGCUACAAAA